CUAAUUUGGUGAAGUUUCAUUUUUCACCUCAUAAAGGCUAACAUGUACGGUGCAAAGGGAUUGAAAAAAAUCUCAGCAUAGGCAUUAUAAAAAAAGUUAGCAUGGUCAUAUCACAUACUGGAAUGCAAGUGUGUGCUGGAAACAAAAAUGCUGAUGCUUAUGCAUGGUGUGUAAUAUACUCAUGGCAAGUGGUUACUACUCAAUAGGAGGAGGGGGGAGGAGGGUGCUCGCGCAUAUGUGCAGUACUGGAUGACAACCAGUGUAGCCAAACAACUAUAAAUAGAGGUGUAGUACCUAGGUGAAAUCAGUUUUGCCAAAGCUAUGGAACAAGAAGGUGCUACUUUAUUGAACUCUCAUACCAUGCUUGUCAAUACAUCUAAUGCUAGCAGUGUAACCCAUACUAUGGAUGCUAACAUGUGUUUGGUGCAAGAAGCUCUUUUAAAGAGCAAAACAGUGAGUGUGUUACGCAACAUUGGUAAGCAGGCAAAGGUUAAGUAUUAUUAUAAACUUAAAAAAGCAGAUUUAAUUGCUGCUUUGAUGAGUUUAGAUAAUCUAACCAGGUUUUUGCCUACCAAUGAUGCAAGUACUUCUAAUGUAAAUAUUGCCCCUGUAAAUAUGCCACGCCCUGCAGUAAAUAAUCAGCUUUCUACUAACCGUACUGUUAAAGAAUUACGUAUUAAGGCUAAGGAAUUAAAAAUUAAAUAUUAUUAUAAGUUAAAUAAAUUAGCUUUAGAGGCUGCUUUAAAAUCAAGUGAUACUAACACCAAAAAAAAUAUAAAAUUGCAUGAAAUUUUUCCAUUUAGUGCUGCUUUAUUUAAUAAGAGUAAAAUAAGGAAUGGUUGGGUAAGACCAGGACUUGCUUUGUAUAUUGCUAGUUUGAAGUGUGAUGAAGAAAAAUCAACAUCUCCAGCUGAAGAAGAAGAUGAAGGAUUCAAAUGGCUGCCACCACCACCACCCAUGGAUGAAGAACCUGAAGAAGAUGAAGAAUUUGUUUUUCCACCACCACCUACAACACCAGCAGCAGCAGCAGAUGUAUGGAAACCUGAACCAGAUGAAGAAGAAGAUGAAGAAUUUACAUUUCCACCACCGCCUUCAACGCCAACACCUCUGCCUUCACCACCACCACCCCCAGCACCAGUAUUGAAACCCUUGCCAGUGGAUAAUGAUGAAGAGGAUGAAGACUUCGUUUUCACUUCAAUGAUUUCACGUAAGCAUACUAAACCUUUAAAAUUAGAUAAGUAUAUUGUUUCUAAUGUUUCAGGUCCGUCUGUGGAGGAGAUUUUGACAGAAAUGACCAGUUUGAGACCACCUUUGGAACCAUUUCCAGAUGAAGAGCCCACAGUGGAGGAACUGCCCAAUGGAAUAUCACCAUGCGAAGAUGAAGUUAUUGAAGCAGCUCACCAAGCCAUCAAUGAUGUGUUAGACAUGGAAGAUUUCAUCGAGCCAGACCCUGAACCAGAACCAGAGCCACAGGAACCAAUCAACCUCACACAGUUGAUUGAUGAAAUGGACUUCAACGAGCCGGUAGCAGAGCCAGACAACCUUGCAGACAUUCUCAAAGAAUUGGAUAUCCAGAUACCAGUACCACAACCAGCCAGCAUCCCUGAAGUAGCAGCAGAUCAACCACAGGAGGACAAAUUAGCAGCUUUAGUGAGUGAACUGGACAUCACCAACACUGAAGAGGAUAAGUUGGCCAACUUAGUGAAUGAACUGGAUAUCACCGUAUCUCAGCCAGCACCACCAGCAUCACCAGAGCCCCAGCAGCCCAUCCCGGAGAUCCAGGUAAAAGAUAUAUAUCGUUUUAAAUUUCGUGAUGCUAACCUAGAUACAGCAUGUUUGUCUGAGUUACGCAUCUACGCUCGCGACUUGAAUAUUAAAAAUUAUCAUAAGUUGAGUCAGAAAGCUUUGGCAAAGUUUUUGAAACAUUUUUAUGAACCACCACAAGAAGUGCAACCUUCUUCGAUGGCUGUUAAGAAACGCAUGAUUUUCAAUAGACCUGUACCUGUGUAUACCAAAUAUUAUCCUAAUGUAACCCAUCCUCCUCGUAACAUUGUACCCUAUCCACCACCAUUCAAGUAUGACCUAGGGCCUUCGACAAGUGAACUUGAUCAAUUCAUAAGUCGAAAGCCCACUAGGCCUAUGCCGUUGGAUAGGUACUUGAAACCAUGUACAAGGACACAGCUACUGGAAGAUGACUUGGUAGUUUCGAGCUCCUCUGACGAAGAAGACAAUGCUGGUGAUGAUGUAGUUUGGCCUCCUCCAUCUGCACCAAUGUCUCGUGAAGCUCAACUCCAACAACUCCGGGAAGACUUGGCUAUGUCCGAUGAUACCACUGAUGAUGACGAUAACACAGAUAAUGACAACCAAGUUGAAAUAGAACCUGCACAAAUUACUCCUAUACCAAGACGUAGUUAUGUGCGCUCAAUUUUCGACACUCCUGAAAUUGACAACCCAAUUAGAGACAAUGAAGCUGUUCCUGCUGAUCAUGUGGAAGAUUUGGAUGCUAACUCCAAUGAACCUGAUGAAAAUGCAGAUGACAGCUCCGAUGAUACUGAUGAUGACAGUAGCUCGGAUGAUGAGAUCUCUGACGAUGAUUCCGAUGAUGAUUCUGACAGUUCUGACAAUGAGGACAGUAGCUCAGAUGACGACAACUCUACUAAUGAUGACAAUAGCUCGGAUGAUGACAGUAGCUCGGAUGAUGAUAGUUCUGAUGAUAACGAUGAUGACCAAAAUAACAGUAAUGAAAAUAACGAAAACCAACACAACAAUAACGAAAAUGAAAAUAACAAAAACCAACACAACAAUAACGAAAAUGAAAAUAACGAAAACCAAAACAACAAUAAUGAAGAUGGAAACCAAAAUAACAGUAACAGUAACACUGAUAGUACAACUGGUGACAAUACCUCAAGUGAUGAUGAAGAAAACAUAUACUUUGGUGGUGGUGGCCAGAUCACAGAGUUGGAGUACAUUACAGUGAAGGAAGUUAGUAAGCGGGAAUGUGUAAAAUUCAAAAUGCAAAUGCGAGACUAUGCCAUUUCACUGAAGGAGAAUGUACAUCAACUACCAAUGGUAGAUCUCAUCACCAAAGCUCUUGAGGAAAUGUUAGAGUUUGCCAAGUCCCGUGCAAAUGUGCAGGAAGGUGACCAAAUAGAACUAGGUGUUACUAAUCCAGGUUUUAAUGGACGCCAUAUAACAACAGGUUACGAACGAGAUGAUCAUGUGGAGUCACUGAAAGAGAAACUUAUGCAGAUAUUGACAUCUGACGAGUCAGUAGAUGUGUUCCAGUCACUAUUUCAAGUGCAUACCAUUGCAAUGCCACGAGGUGGUCAAAGAACAAAAAUAGUGAAUCUACGCAAAGACACACAUACAAAACAAUGCAUCAACAAGAUUGUAAAUGACGAUAACUUAUGUGGGCCUAGAGCUGUUAUUGUGGGCCUUACAUAUCAUACAAAUAACAUUCUCGAUACAGUGUACACUGAUGCUCAAAUCAAUACAAUACGUUGUGGUCGUGGUAACAUGCAAACAGAACUGGCUGAAAAUUUAUGCUCACAAAUGGAUUCUUACACUCAAACUGGAUUCAUACUAGAAGACUUUAAGAAAGUUGAGUUGUUGUUGGACAUUCAGAUUAUCAUCAUCAAUGCUGAAAUGUUCAACAAAGUAUUGUAUAAAGGGUACGCUGAUAAAGAGAUAAAAAUUUACUUGUACAAACAAGGUGACCACUAUGAUAACAUAAAUAAAAUGAAAGCUUUCUUUGGCAGUAGUUACUUUUGUGAUAAAUGUUUCAAAGUUUAUAAGAAUAAAAAUGGUCAUACAAACUGUACGGGUGAGAAAACUUGCUUCCUGUGCCACAAUCCACAACAUGCUGAUGACACCGUGCAACGUGUAUACUGUAAGGAUUGUAAUCGGUACUGUAAAAACAAUGACUGCCUUCGUGUACACAAAGAGACAGUGUGCAAAUUAUGGUAUAAGUGUAAGAAAUGUAACCAAGAAGUAAAACGUGAAAAAAGUUCAGAACACAAGUGUGGUUUUGAGGAGUGUAAAAAUUGUAAACAGAUUGUGGACAAAAAUGAACACAAGUGUUACAUGUUGAAGCAGCAGCCAAAAGGUGGUAAGUGUAAGUAUGGUUGUAAAAAUUGUGAUCCCACCUCUACUCGUAAGGCUGCCAAGAAUUGUACAUAUACUGAAAAAUACAUAUUUUUUGACUAUGAAUGCCAACAAGAGACUGGAACACACAUACCUAACUUAGUUGUAACCCGUGACUACCAUAACAAUGAAAAUGUAUUCUAUAACAAUGAUGAUUUUUGUGCUUGGCUCAUAAGAAAAGAACACAAAGAUCACGUGGCCAUAGCUCACUAUGGACGUGGAUACGAUUUUCACUUCAUUAUGCAGUAUUGUGUAAAAAAUACAAUUGAACCUGAUGUUAUAUACAGUGGCAGUAAAAUCAUGAUCAUGACCAUUAAAAACCUUAACUUACGUCUAAUCAACAGUCACAACUUUAUUGCUUCGCCUCUAUCAGCAUUCCCUAGUACAUUUGGUUUGGAUGAGUUGAAGAAAGGUUACUUCCCACAUUUCUUCAACACAGCUGCAAAUGCAAAUUAUGUAGGGGACAUUCCAGAGCCAAAGUUAUAUGGUUGUGACAAGAUGAUUCCUAAAGCGCGUAAAAAGUUUAUUGAAUGGCAUGAUGCAAGAAAAGCUGAAGGGUACAUAUUCGAUAUGAAGAAGGAGCUGUUAGAGUACUGUAGGUCUGAUGUAGAUAUUUUACGUCGAGGUUGUUUACAGUUCAGAGAACAGUUCCUUGAAAUAGCAAAUAUAGACCCUUUCAGUCAAUACAUUACCAUUGCUAGUGUUUGUAUGGCAACACACCGAACCAAGUACCUAAAGAAAGAAACCAUAGCAGUAAUAACACAGGCCAUAAAAGACCAGUUCUCCAAGGUAUCGAUAUCUUGGCUGAACUCAUUCAAUAAUCCUAACAUUGUGCAUGGAGGUAAUGGUUGUGAAGUGAAACUGUGUGGUGCUAAAGUUGAUGGAUUUGAUAGCACAACAAAAACAGUAUAUCAGUUUCACAGAUGCUUCUGGCACGGGUGUCUGGAAUGUUACCACGAGGAUACAAAGAACAAAGUAAAUAAAGAAAAUAUGGGUGAUCUGAACCAUAAGACCAUGGCUCUCACUGAACAACUGAAAGAAGCUGGGUACAAUGUUGUUGAGAUAUGGGAAUGUGAAUGGUUGAAAACAGCUGCUUACCGACGAUGUAGAAACGAACUUGGUGCUAAAAUAACUGACCCACUGAAUCCCCGUGAUGCAUUCUUUGGAGGACGAACCGAAGUUUUCAAGUUGAAGAAAACUGUUGAUGGUGUUAACGAACGUAUUGGUUACAUAGAUGUUUGUUCUUUGUAUCCAACUGUAAUGUACUAUGAUGACUUUCCCAAAGGGCAUCCAACAAAAAUAGUGAAUCCCACACAGUACAAUUCCAAUUGGUUUGGUUUUGUGAAGUGUCGUGUACUAGCUCCACUUAAACUGUACAUACCUGUGUUACCUGUUCGGGCUAAGAUAGGUGGAACUGAAAAAUUGAUUUUCCCUCUUUGCUUGAAAUGUACAGUUGAAAGUAAACAGAGCUGUACACAUACUGAUGCUGAACGUGAAUUCCAUGGUACAUGGUCCAGUAUUGAGCUGAACAAAGCCAUUGAAAAAGGUUACAAAGUAUUGCAAGUGUUCGAAGUUUGGAAUUUUGAACGUACUAACCAGUUGUGGAAAGGUUAUGUGACCAACUUUAUGAAAAUCAAGUUGGAAACUAGCCCUCAUAAUUACCCAACCAACCAAGCGUAUGCAGAUGCUAUAAAAUAUUCUUAUGGCAUUGACUUGGAUAUAGGUAAAAUUGAACCUAAUCCAGGAAGACGUGCCAUAUCGAAAAUGUGUCUGAAUUCGCUGUGGGGAAAAUUUGGUCAACGUGACAAUAUGGGUAAUAAGGAGUUUGUGACAGAGCCAUCCAGGUUAUAUGACCUAUUGUUGGAUGACAAGUUGACAAAUCUCCAUGUUAACUAUAUUUCUGAAGAAAUGGUCCAAGUAGAUUACAAAUUCAAAGAUACUUUUGUAGAGGACAAUUUCAACACCAACAUUUACAUAGCUGCUUUCACCACAGCUAAUGCACGACUCAGACUGUACGAUAUGCUGGACAGGUUGGGUGAGGCUGUGCUGUAUUGCGAUACAGAUUCUGUAAUAUAUGUGGACAAUGGUACAAAUACAGUACAAACAGGUGAUCUGCUUGGUGAAUGGACAGAUGAGUUGAACGGAGCUUACAUCGAGAAGUUCAUUACCACAGGUCCGAAAUCAUACUAUUACCGUACAAACACAGGUAAAGAGGAGAUAAAAAUGAAAGGAUUCACUAUGCAUUACAAAAAUACCAAAGUAAUCUGUGGUCUUGUGAUGGAACUGUUGAUAGAUCGUGAAUUCCCAAAUGUUCUCACAUUCGAUAACAUCAUCAAACGAGAUGACAAUACAAAACAACUAGUUAACAAACCCCUAAUAAAGAAAUAUAGUUUUAGUUUUGACAAAAGAUACAUUCGUACUAAUUUUGAUACUCUUCCAUUUGGUUACAAUUAG